AAGAAGAAAAAGAAGAACGAGGGAUUAAACAGGAGAAAGGAUACUUUGAUUAAGAAAGCCUAUGAAUUAGGGGAAUUCGAUGGUAUUGACAUAGCUCUGAUUAUUUGCAAGAAUGGUCGAUACACCACGUAUAGAUCUAGGGACCAUUUAUCAUGGCCACUAUCUAUAGCAGAGAUACAAACUGCCUAUCCUCUCCCAAAGAAUAUACUACCGGAAGAUAUCGAG